AUGGUUUCAUUUCAUGGCCACGAUACAAGCCGCGACACUCAUUGUAGCCGAAUAAUAAGUCAAGAAAGUAACGAAGUUGCGAAGAACAAAAUCAGUAGCUCGAUUGAAGCCACAAAACUAAAUGUAAUGACCAAGCUAGCAUCAAAGAAGCACGCCCUCUCUGAGCGUAAGCGUAGAAAACGAAUCAAUGGUCACUAUGAUUCUCUCCGGAAAUUCUUCCCUCGACUACUCAAGAAUGAUAAGGCUUCUGUGCUAACAGAGACAGUGCGUCAUCUAAAAGAGCUUAAAAGCAUGGUUGCCAAUGUAGCUCUCUUGCAUGACGACAAAGAAAGGUGUUCUGAUAAAAGUACUUUCAUACCUAACGAGAAGGACGAGGUGAGCAUAAAUUUCUAUGAUAGUGGUGAUAAGAUAGCCAUCCAAGCAACUAUAUGUUGCGAGGACAGGCCAGAACUUAACCAAGAGUUGACUGAGGCGAUUCGUUCAGUCCAUGGAAAGGCAGUCAAGGCUGAAAUGGCAACUGUGGGCGGGCGGACAAAAGUAGAGGUAAAUGUGGAAUGGCGUGAAUGUAGCGGCAGAGGAGAGGAAUAUGUGGGGAUGUUAAAAAGAACAUUGAAGGCAGUUAUGGAGAAUCGGAUCAUGGUCAAGACUAAAUUAACAGAUCACAUAUUUACUUAA